UCCAAAGUCUCCUUAAAUCUAAUUGAUUAGAUAACGACAUAUUACAUAAUAUCUUUAUCAUUUGGAAAUUAUGAUCAUUUGYAUAUUAUAGUGUUCAAAUUUUCAACUCACUUUUUUAUUACCUACUUAAUAUUUUUCCAACGUUUUGGUUUUUUCGUUCAAAUUGACAGUUCUGUAGUACACUAGUACACUAGUACUAGAACAAUUGAAAAUAAAUCAGUGACGAUAUUUGGGAUUAGGGAUAAUUCGACCGUCGUGACUCACUGAGUCUGAUCAACUGAAAUUGGUUACUGUACAACGGUUUUCGGAAAUCGACCUCUCCGGUCAAAUGACGUCCACUGUAACGUCGUUGGACGAAGUUGGAGGGCCAGAUGGAACUCAAAAGAGUGAUAAAGACAGUGGCCAAAAUAGAAUCGCAUCACUCAAGRAAGUCUAUAAUGAACAGAGUCCUCUUGUUGACAAAACMGUAUUUCAACCUACACAAYURYCUCAAAACACAUUGUUUGACUGUGAAAAUACACAAUAUAGGACUCAAUAUUUAGUGRCGUUGAUCGUAACUAUUGGCGGUUUUAUUAUGGGCACAACACUUGGAUGGACAUCUCCAGCUGGCCCAAUGAUGGAAAAUGGCCAAUAUGGAUUCCCCAUUACURAUGAAGACAUUUCAUGGAUAGCAUCGUGCAUGCCACUCGGUGCCAUACUUGGAUGUCCGUUUAUGGGUGCUCUAGUGAACAAACUAGGACGUAAACGUUUGAUGAUAUUGUUAAUUUUUCCUGCGCUCUUAGGAUGGGAAAUGAUAAUCUGGGCUUCUUCUGUAAAAAUGAUCUGUAUUGGAAGAUUUCUAAAUGGAUUUGCAAGUGGUUCAUACUCUGUGAUUGUACCACAAUACACCUCUGAAAUAGCUGAUAAAGAAAUACGUGGUACUUURGGKACUUAYUUUCAAUUACAAGUAUUCUCAGGUAUCUUAUUCACCUAUGUCAUGGGAUCAUUUUUAAAUGUUCAUGAUCUGUCUAUUGCUUGUGCAAUAAUUCCAGUGGUAUAUUUAUGUUUGAUGUUUACWGUACCAGAAAGUCCAAUUUUCUACCUUACAAAAGGAAAUAUUAUAAAAGCYAGAUGGUCGUUGAAAUAUUUCCGUAGACCUUUUGGUCAGGUUGACCAAGAAUUAAUUGCAAUGCAAGAGUCUUUAGCUAAAACUGAAAGAGAUAGAGUUUCUGUCAGGAAAGCCUUCCAAACUACUCCAGCCAAGCGUGGACUAUUCUUAGGCCUAGGGGUUAUGGUUUUUAUGCAGUUCACGGGAUGUAACACUGUUAUUUUCUACACCACAACCAUCUUCAAUGCAUCUGGUAGCUCAAUUAGCUCAAAUGCAUCCACGGUUAUUGUAGGUGUCAUGGCUGUUAUGUCUACAUACGUGUCAACACUUGUUGUUGAUAAAUUAGGACGAAAGAUUUUACUCUUGUAUUCUGUUAUUGCAAUGGGAAUUUGCACAUUUYUCAUUGGUGGAUUUUUCUAUGCAAAGGAUUCCAAUUAUGAUGUCUCAUCAGUUGGAUUUAUCCCAUUAGUGUCAUUGUGUGUAUUUAUAAUAUUAUUCUCCAUCGGAUUUGGCCCGAUCCCAUGGAUGUUGAUGGGGGAAAUAUUUCCAGCUCAAAUUAAAGGUAUUGCCAGCUCAAUAGUAUGUAUGGCCAACUGGUUUUUUGUGUUCAUAGCUACUAAAUUUUUMUCAUCAUUGGUAUCUGCUAUUUAUUUAUACAAUACAUUCUGGCUUUAUACGCUGGUCAGUGUUUUGGGCAUAUUUUUCGUGGUAUUUAUUGUUCCUGAAACUAAGGGCAAGACAAUGGAAGAAAUUCAGUUGUUGCUUGGUGCAUAACCUAUACUGUGAUCAUCUGAAGACUUUGAAUGUAAACAUUUUCCAAAUCUUGAGUUGUGCUGCAUUUAUUUUAUUUGAA